AUGGCGGGCGCCCAGGCGCGAAAAGGAUUUGCUCCAUCGAAGGCAGCGCCCGCCUCAAACCAGAAAACGCAGGUGAAACGGAAUGCCAGUCUGUUGAAUUUCUUCCAGAAAGCCGACGGCCCCCCGCAAGCCACUUCGCGGCAGCCUCGAAUUACGCAGUUUGCUACUAAGGUCGAGCGUUCGAGUGGGAGCGGUAACAGUCCCAUUUCGUUACGCAGACAAGAUAGCUCCCAAGCAAGUUCUACGGCUGGGAGUCUGUUUCUGGAGGAUAAGAAGGGGUCGAAUUCAUUGAAAACGGGAACUGGUAUUCCGGAAUCUCGGGAGUCUAGGUCAAAGACACCGGAUGAUAUCUGGGGGGUUGAGGACGAAAAUGAAGGUAUGAAGCAGCCAGAUGGUGCGAGAUAUAAUGAGAACGGAAACUCGGUCAAGCGACGAAAAGUGGAUUCUUCAUCGGCGGUUGAUCAGGCCGAUGUCCCCCGCCCGGUCAAACCUCCCAAGACCCGACAAGUCAGUGGUCCUUUCAUCGAUGAAUCAGACAGCGAGGACGAUUUGGGGGUCGAUCUGGGUGCCUUCGAUGAGGUAGACCAGGAAGUACCGAGCUUUGAGCAGACUACGACGGCGAACGAGAAAAAGAGUCCAACGAGCAACUCUAAUGCCAAACAGGCAACUAAAGAGCAACCGCCCGCUGUCGUCGCGCCCUCAUUGGUAAGAGAAGCCACGAGUUACGCAGGAGACGAUGAAUUCGCAAAUUUUGACAAUAUAGAAGACGAUAAUUUCCUAGACGACGACGAUACCCCUGAUCCUUUUUACGCAGACGAAGAUACUGGCGAGAAGGCGGAUUUCCUUGACUCAACCCUCAUGGAUGACUCCGUUGGGAUGAAUGAUGUUGGCGAAUGUUCCGGUGAUGAAGGCCCUGUAUGUCCGAUAUGCCAGUCAGAUCUAUCAGGGUUGAGAGAGGCGGACGUGAGCCUGCAUGUAAACGAUUGUCUCGACGGGAAGCCUACGGCUAACUCAGCUGAAACACACUCAAACGCUCCGAGGCAAGCACUAUCGCGGUCCGAUCGGGCUGCCGUUCCACGACCAGCUCAACGUGACCCAUUCUCGUCGGGCGGUAUAAAGUCAAGAUCAGCCUUUUCAAUGAUCAUGGCUGGAAACGCUGAGGACGCUGCUUGGGCAAGUGCCGCGGCAGGAGAGGUUGCGUCCCGCGGGAAGCAGGCUUAUCAACGGACUUGUCCGUUCUACAAGAUCCUUCCUAAUUUUUCCAUCUGCGUGGAUGCGUUUCGCUAUGGCGCCGUGGAAGGCUGUAACGCCUAUUUUCUCAGUCACUAUCAUAGUGAUCACUAUAUGGGUCUCACAUCGUCCUGGCGACAUGGCCCUAUUUACUGUAGCAGGGCUACAGCUAAUCUAGUGCGCCAGCAACUCAAGGUUGAUCCGAAAUGGGUGGUAGACCUGCCAUUUGAGAAGAAGACAGAGGUCCCUGGAACGAAUGGAGUGCAUGUCACAAUGAUCGAGGCCAAUCACUGCCCUGGGAGCGCCAUUUUCCUUUUCGAGAAACAGAUGGGAUCCGGACCAUCUGCCAGAGUACAACGAAUUUUGCACUGUGGAGACUUUCGAGCAUCUCCCACACAUGUGCAACAUGUGCUUCUGCGUCCGGAAGUAGAUGACCCUACUACUGGUCAACGCCGCCAACAGAAAAUUGACGUUUGUUACCUUGACACGACAUAUUUGAGUCCUAAGUAUGCGUUCCCCAGCCAGGAGGAUGUCAUCGAAGCAUGCGCGAAUUUGUGUGUCAGUCUCGACCAGAAUCCGGAACAAGGUGUAGGUCAGAGUCUGUUGCAGAAGGAAAGCUCUGGUGCAGGGAAGGUUAUGAGCCGGUUCUUUUCUGCGAUGAGCGGAUCCCGUGGCAACUCAGACAAACAGGCCGCGCAGGCUCAGGGGCGGUUGCUUGUCGUUAUAGGGACAUAUAGUAUCGGCAAGGAGCGAAUAUGUCUCGGUAUUGCUCGAGCACUCAAGAGCAAGAUAUAUGCGACGCCCGCCAAGAAGCGAGUAUGCGAGUGCUUAGAAGACCCGGAAUUAUCCUCACUACUCACCGAUAAUCCAGCUGAGGCUCAGGUGCAUAUGCAGACGCUGUUUGAGAUUCGUGCAGAAACUCUGGCCGACUACUUGGACUCAAUGAAGCCGCAUUUCUCACGCGUUGUAGGCUUCCGGCCGACGGGGUGGACUUACCGUCCGCCAACAGGUCGAACGUUGGACAACCCACCCGUCUCCACGGUGUUGCACUCACCACAAUGGAAAACGCCAUUUUCGGCACGCGAUCUGACACCCCAACGAGGCAGUACCAGGGAGAGCGCGUGUUACGGGGUACCGUACAGCGAACACAGUUCUUUCCGUGAGCUGACUAUGUUCUGCUGUGCCUUACGCAUAGGACGGAUAAUCCCGACCGUGAAUGUGGGUAGCCAGAAGAGCCGGGAGCGAAUGAAGGCAUGGUUCGAACGGUGGGAGGCCGAAAAGAGGAAGAGUGGACUGUACCGAGUAGAGGGAGAACGAUGGUAA